AUGAGACGACUGGUCCCAUCUUCUGCUCCCCAAGAUGGCGCAUCGCUAUCGUCCAAGGAGGAUCCAACGCUACCGCCCGAAGGCCCGCUGCUGUUGCCUUGCGGUUACUUGCCCAGAAAGGAGGUCUCGCCGUUAUCGGCCGAGGAAGUCUCGCCACUUCUGCUCGUAGAUAGUUGCUCAGCAGUAUUUUUUAUGCGUAAUACACUUGAAAGGACUAUUGUCGUUAUACUACACAGCAAAGAGAAAUCGCACAAAAUGCAUGACUACGCUAGCUUUGUUGCUAUUGAUAUGAAGGUGUUUCUAAUGGAUGUUGUUGGUGACACAACGGUGCAGAAAGUGCGCGUUUGCUGCAUCUAUCGUUUGUCGAUGCUUUUGCUGCAAUCUGAUAGCUGGUAA